AUGCCCUGCCCGCGGCCUCCCUGGCUCCGCCGCCUGCGGACUCAGAGUGCGGGCCCCAGCUCCCCAGGCGCGCCCUCUGCGCCCGGCUUCCCAGGUAGAGAUGAGGAAGAGGACGAAGAGGAGGACGAGGGCGAUGGGAGCCCCGGCUCGGGCCCCAUUCUGCCCCCCGCGUCGCCCAUGGAGUGCCUCAUCUGUGUGUCGCCCUUCGACGGCGUGUUCAAGCUGCCCAAGCGCCUAGACUGCGGCCACGUCUUCUGCCUCGAGUGCCUGGCGCGCCUGUCGCUGGCCACGGCGGGCGGCGGCGACGCGGUGGCCUGUCCGGUGUGCCGCGCGCCCACACGCCUGGCGCCGCGCGGAGGGCUGCCCGCCUUGCCCACGCAGCCUGGCUUGCUGCCCCGCGACGCGCGCGCGCCGCCACCGCGCCAGGGCUCCGUGCGCUUCGACCGCCGCCGCGGGCUGCUCUACCUGCGGCCGCCGCCGCCGCCGCCCGGGCCGCGCAAGAGCCGCGCCGCGCGCGCGCCGCCGCCGCCGCCUCUGCGCCUCGGCCGCCCGCUGUCGCGCCGCCUGACGCUGAGCAGCCCGGCCUGGGUCUUCAACGCGGCCGUGGCGCUGGCCGUGCUGGUGGCCGCGGGCCUCGUGGUCUCCGGCGUCUACAUCUUCUUCCUCAUCCCGCACGCUGCCUCCGCCGGCCCCGUGCGGCCGCAGCUGGUGGCUCUGGCCCCUGAGCCCGGCUUCUCCUGGUUUCCGCCGCGACCCACCAGCCCUGACCUGGACAACACCCUGCCAGGGCCUGCGGUGGGUGCGCUGGAGCGCGAGAGCGUCCCUAAGGACCCAGCCCAGCCAGAGGGCACGCUGGACGACCCAUCAGACCGCACGUGGCCAGCAGGGGAGGGCCCCGGCUGGACCCCCCGACUACGGGGCAUGAGGAGGGUGUGGGGACCUCGAUGA